AUGCCGCCCGCGGAGUUCGUGCUGCUCCCGCGCGAUUUACCUUGGGAGCGUGCGUACGACCGCGAGGACGCGAACGCGCCGCAGAUCGCCAAGCUGCGCCUCGCGCUCCCUGCCGACUACCCCGCCGGGACCGUCCUCAAGCUGCCCAUGCCGUGUGCGUGCAGCGAGCACACGUCCCGCUUCACUAAGAUCAAAGCGGGGACCUCAGUGGUCAUCAAGUGGGACCUCGGCAUCUGCGGCCUCGCAGCGCCACCAGAACCGCAGCUCAACUCCGAGCUCAGCAGCAGCGAGCUGAUCAGGAGCGAGCGGAGCAGCACGGGCUUCAAGGGCGUGAGCAUAGUGGGCAGCGGUGCCACGCCGUUCGGUGUCCAAGUGUACCGCAAGGGCACCAGCGUCAUUCUCGGCCGCUACGCCACCGCGGAGGAGGGGGCGCGGGCCUACGCGGCGACGCCAGAGGGCAUCGCCGACCUGGCGGCAAGGGAUGCGCCACCACCGCCGCCGCUCCCCUCCAACUCCGAGCUCAGCAGCAGCGAGCUGAUCAGGAGCGAGCGGAGCAGCACGGGCUUCAAGUGCGUGAGCAAAGUGGGUAGCGGUGCCACGCCCUACCGAGUCCAAGUGUACCGUAAGGGCAAGACCGUCACUCUUGGCCACUUCUCCACCGCAGAGGAGGGGGCGCGAGGCGUGUACAAAGUGAGCAGCGGUGCCACGCCCUACUAUGCUCAAGUGUACCGCAAGGGCACCACCGUCAUUCUCGGCCGCUACGCCACCGCGGAGGAGGCGGCCCUCCGCUACGCACGCUCGGUAGAGGGCAAGGCUGAGCUGGCGGCCAGCGGCGGCGUCGAGUACCUCGUCGCGUGGAAGGGUUGCUAUGCCCCCUCCUGGGAGCCCGCCUCCAACUUGGCGGACGAGGAUGGCGCGGUGUGUGCGGCGCUGCUGGCGUGGUGUGCGUCGCGCGUUGCGCCGCACCAGGGCGGCCCGGCGACCGAGCUUGGUAUGCCGGCGGCAGAGCCCCUCCCGCCCCUCGGCAUGCCGGCGGUGGUGCAGGCUCUCGAGGGGGUCGGGCUGGGCCGGUACGCGGCGGCGUUCGAGGAGCAGGGCUAUGAUGACCUCCGCUACUUGCGGACGAUGGACGCGGCGGAGCGCGCCACGGUGGCGGAGAGCGUGGGCAUGAAGCAAGGCCACGCCGACAAGUUUGUCAAGUUCGCGUUUGAGCCGGCGUAG